AUGGAAUUCGCAAAGCAGGGAAGUCUUCGAAAAUUAUUAGAUAGCAAAUAUAACGAUUUAGAUUGGAAUUUUAAGGCUGCUAUCUUAUAUUGCAUAGCUGAUGGGCUUAAUUCAAUUCAUAAAGCUAAUUUAGUGCAUAAAGAUUUUCAUUCCGGAAAUAUAGUUAACCAAGCUAUGUAUAGUUCUUUCAUUACUGAUUUCGGACUAUGUAAGCCAGUGUCCCAAGAUUCAAGCACUGAAGGGAUUUUUGGUGUAAUUCCUUACAUUGCACCAGAAGUAUUAUAUACGGGUGGAAAAGAGUACACUCAAAAAUCAGAUAUUUAUUCUUUCGGAAUUAUUAUGUCAGAAGUUUUUACUGGAUAUCCUCCAUAUUACGAUAUUCCGCAUGAUGGAAAUUUAGUAAAAAGCAUUUGCUUGGGUCAUAGACCUGAAAUUAAAUGUGGGGUUCCCCAACUACUUUUGGAUUUAAUGAAUGAAUGCUUAGAUGCUGAACCUCAAAAACGACCAACUGCUAAUGAAUUAAGUAAGGCGCUAUAUCAAUUUUUUUAUGAUUUGAGAAAUGAAACAACCGAAUUAUAUAAGCAAGUUAAAGAAAUUAAAGACUCGGGCAACAAUUCAAAUCAAGUCACAUCAAUACGACUCAACUAUCAGACACAUAAACAAGGUAUUUAUACAAGUCGACCUUUUAAUUAUCAAAAUCUUCCCAAACCAAUAAAUGCUAAUCCAGUAGUCACAGGUUAG